AUACUAGUGAUUAAUGUCAUAAAAUUGAGACUAUAUUUUAUACGAUUUCAGUGAAAAAAUUUAAUAAUUUUGAAAAAAACGCUUAGCGAUAGUACACGAUUAUAUACUAAAACUUAAAAAUAAGUUCAAUUAACGCAAGCUUAGAGUAGUGUCGCAUUUGCCAGAUAUUAUCCGUCGUCAAUAAAGUAAAUGAAAAGGGUUAAGGAAGAAGAAUGAAAUAUUCUGUCACUAGGCAGCAGUAGCAGCAAAUCGGUUAAAAAAAUAUAAGAGUAACCCUAAAUUGAGCGAAUAAAAAAAGAAAGAAAGAAAUAUAUACACUACCGUUCGAUAGAAGAGUGUGAAAUGGAUCAAUUCUCACAUGAUCUUACUGUAGCUUUAGAGGAAACCUCUUUGCUGGAUCGAGCUCGCGUUAGCCGUUGGGGUCAGCAACGUCGUCGUACCCGUUCCACGGGAAAUUUACCUUGCGCUCCCCAACCCACUGAAGAUUCGAGCAGUCCAACGGAUAUAGCUCAUAGUGCGGGUUUACGUCCCACAACAAAUAAUAAUGAUGGUUUGGAUACACAAAAUAUUCAUUUGCCUAGCGAUUCGGACGAUAAAGACGAUUCGGUGGCCCCACGUUUGCCUUGCAAAACUUUAAGCACCUCUCUGCGCUUAGGCACUUUGGAGUCAGAUUCCUUAAAUGAAAAUUUUAGUCCAGCACGUUUCUUUAAACCGAGCGCGCGCAGGAAACGUAAAUUGAAACGUAUCACCAUUGAUUAUGAAAUGACAAAUGUUGUUCCAGCGGAAAGUUUCGACAACGAUUCACUUAACGCAAAGACCACGACAACGACAGUGGGAUUAGAGACCGGUAUUUCUCUAAUAGCUCCUUCUUUACCGCCUCCCAUGUCUAGUAGUUCGGGUACAGUACGUAAACGAGUUUUAAAACCUGAUCCCAAUAGUCGAUCGCAGUUUUUUUUUUGUGGCAAACGUAAACGCUCGAAUCGCGAUCGUUAUCAAGAACAUGAUCACUCAUCAAGUAUGCCACGUCACACAACUAAUCUUGAAGAAUAUCGGAUGCGACCACGUAGUUUUUCAUCAACAUCAAAACCGCACAGCGAUCGUUUGUUGCCGCUCAACAAAGGAUUAUUAUCGAAAAUCGAACGUAUAUCACAACAACAAAAAUCGCUAUGCACUAUAGGAACGGUACCCACAUUAUUAAUUAAAGCUGGAACCACAACAUCGGCGACGUCUUUAGUGCCCAAAAAAGAUAAUGAAACGCAGCUAACGUUAAUGACUUUAGCUGAGGUCGCAACGCAGUCAACACCGAGCAAGUCAGAGGAUGCUGAAUUGUUGAUGGAGGCAGCGCUUUUACAAACAGAACAACUGCAGCUGCAACAGCAACAAAAGCAAUUAACGGACGGCAAUUUUAGAGCACAACGUAAAAAACGCUUAAGUGAUGAUCAGCAACAACAAAGCGGUAGUCAAUCUGUACGGCAUCAUCAUCAUCAUCAUCAUCAUCAUCGUCGACGUUUACUGCAAUUUGCAGUCGAUCAACAUUCCAUGGAUUGUGAGGAAUUAAAUGAUUUCAGUUCAAGUUCUUUAAGCUCAUCGGAAUCAGAUGAAGGGCAUACGGCAAACGACACUGAUCGCGAGGGUGAUGACGAGUUAACCGAUUGGCCAGGUAACGAAAGUGUUUGCGGUGGUGACAGUAAAUACGAUUGUAAGCGCAAAUUGACUAAACGUAGUACUUUACCGCAAAUAAAAUCUGAUCCCGAAAGCCUCAAUGCCUUAUUAAUGACCGAAGACGACACGCUCAUGUCACCCGGUAUAGCCAUAAGUAAUGCCUGUGUUAGCGCUAAUUGCAUGAGUGCAUUGGAAUGGCCUCCUGUUGAUAGCACGACCCCUGUAGAUUUACCCUAUCAACCUUCGGAACCCAUAACGAUUACAGCGAAAAGUGGCUUCUCCACCCUGUUUCGCCCAAGCGGAGAUAUAGCGCCAAAUGACAUGACCAUUCCUUUAAAACAAAUCGAAAGCGAAAUGUCUGGAGAAACUUCAAAUCCAUUUUUGGCUUCACCACCUUGCCAACCAAAUGAGGUGCGAGAAAUACGCGCUGGAUGUCGACGCAUUAAAGGUGAACGACCUGGAUUUAGCAUUAAAACGAGCGUUAACGAACGUUUGGCUCGUUUCCUGCAAGAUCCGCGACAAUUGCAAAUUCGAUUACCAGACGUAGAAAUUUACGAGCACGAUAGCCUAAUUAACUUGGCCACAUUAUAUUCGCUGCAAAUGUCUUUGGACAAUGGUUGCGCGGUACUGAAUAAAACUAGCAAUACCACACAAUCAGUUAACAUAGAUCAACAGAGCUUGCAAGGUCGUUUAUUAUUGAGCGAUUUUAAAAGGCGUUGCUAUGACAGCAAAAGCGGGGAAAUGUUACGUAAAUAAUAUAAGAAGUCAUAUUAAGAAAUUAUUUUGUAUGUAGAAUGGUAAUUUAUACCUAAAUGACAUAUAUAUUGUAACUUUUUAGUUUUAGUCCCUUCAAACAAUCUCUUCAAAAGAGGAUCUAUCUAUUCCUUGAUUAUUUUGUUUUUUAUGUGUUCUUUUUUUUUUUAUUUUUGUUCGUUUAUUGGUUAUUAUUAGCUUUUAAGCUUUUAAUUUGCAUAUGAGAAAGCAAUGUAUGUUAUGUACGUAUACUUUAAUGUCUAAGCAAUUUUGUUUUAUAUUUUAUUUUCUCCUUUUCUAAACAAAAUGCAAUAAUUU